AGGAGGAUUCAGUCAAGAGAGGCUUCAGUUCCUACUAUAGGAACUACUAUGACGAGAUUGCCAUGUCUGUCUGUGCCAGCAUGCCCAUGAGAGGAGGUGGCUAUAUCUUUCCCGUACGUCGAGCCUGCUCAUCGACUAAUAAGCAAACCUGCUCCCAGUUGUGCGCAAGCGCAGGAGUGAGAAAGCAGCUGACCGCGGGCUCAAGCAGCUACAUAUUCGAGUGCCUCGAGUCUCUUCAUAUCUACAAGGGUCGUCCCCAACUCGCUGCUAACCCAGGCGGCAACACCGAUGUGGGUCGUAUAGGACUGAUCGUCUAUCGGUAUCACAGCUGUUCCGGCUCCUCUUGUGGACCGAACUACUGCUGCUGUAGAAAGGGCCACCAAUAAUCAAGACCCACUCUCCCAAACACUGCAAGAUGUAAGGUUUCCUAAGUACGGACCACUUCAGAUGAGGUUUAGUUAAACUUUAUGCUAAUAAAAUGAAACAAAUAAAAUAAAGAGAUUAGUUUAUGGUGUCUA